UAGAAAUAACCGAUUCGUCUGAUUUAUAUAAAAGGUUUAGCUAUCAGCUGUCAGAGAUGAGCGCGAGCCUGAGUGAGCAGUAUGAGGAGAAAGUGCGUCCGUGCAUCGACCUGAUCGACUCUCUGCGCGCGCUCGGGGUGGAGAAGGACCUCGCGCUGCCCGCCAUCGCCGUGAUCGGAGACCAGAGCUCGGGGAAGAGCUCGGUGCUGGAGGCGCUGUCCGGAGUCGCGCUGCCCCGCGGGAGUGGUAUCGUGACAAGAUGUCCACUCGAACUGAAGAUGAAGAGGAGCCGUGAGGAAGACCUCUGGCAUGGAAAGAUCAAGUACAAGAAAGAUCAGGAUCAGGAUUACAAGGAGGAGAUUGAAGAUCCAGCAGAUGUGGAGAAAAAGAUUAGAGAAGCUCAGGACCAUAUGGCUGGGGUCGGCGUGGGUAUCAGUGAUGAGCUCAUUAGCCUGGAAGUAACAUCAGCUGAUGUUCCUGACCUCACACUCAUCGAUCUGCCUGGUAUAGCUCGUGUGGCUGUCAAAGGCCAACCAGAGAACAUUGGAGAACAGAUUAAAAGGCUGAUCAAAAAGUUCAUCACAAAGCAAGAAACCAUCAACCUGGUGGUGGUACCAUGUAACGUGGAUAUCGCUACUACUGAAGCACUGAAGAUGGCACAAGAAGUUGAUCCAAAUGGCGAGAGGACCCUUGGCAUCCUAACGAAGCCCGACCUGGUGGAUAAAGGCACGGAGGAGACAGUAGUGUCCAUCAUCCAUAACGAGGUAAUUUACCUCAAUAAAGGCUACAUGAUUGUCAGGUGCCGAGGACAGAAGGAGAUCAUGGACCGCGUCUCUCUGCACGAAGCCACCGAAAAGGAGAAGGACUUCUUUAAAGACCACCCACAUUUCAGCACACUGUAUGAGGAAGGCAUGGCCACCAUUCCCAACCUGGCUGAGAAACUCACGCUCGAACUCGUCCAUCACAUUGAGCUAUCUCUGCCACGGCUGGAGGAGCAGAUUGAGAUGAAGUUGGCUGAAACUCAAGCUGAACUGGAUCGCUAUGGCUUAGGGCCUCCUACAGAACCAGGAGAGAGGAACUGCUUCCUGAUUGAUAAAAUCACAGCAUUCAAUCAGGACACAAUUAACCUCACGACUGGAGAGGAGCUGAAGAGCGUCCAACAUUUCAACAUCUUCUCAGAUCUGCGGCAGCACUUUUUUCUCUGGAAGAAUCAUCUGGACAGCUCAGGAGAGACAUUUAACACGAGGAUUGAGGAAGAAGUGCAGAAAUAUGAAAAAAAAUACAGAGGCAGAGAACUCCCAGGAUUCAUCAACUACAAGACCUUUGAGGUGAUAGUGAAGGACCAGAUCAAGCAACUGGAAGAACCUGCCAUCAGGAAACUGAAGGAAAUCUCAGAUCUCAUUCGGAAGGCCUUCAUUCAACUGGCUCAAUACAGCUUCUUGGGUUUCCCCAAUCUCCUCAAAAUGGCAAAGACAAAGAUUGAAUGCAUAAAGCAGGUGAAGGAGUCGGAAGCUGAAUCGAUGCUGAGGACUCAGUUUAAGAUGGAACUGGUCAUCUACACACAAGACAGCACGUACAGCAACACCGUGAGCACGCUGAGGCGCCAAGAGGAAGAAGAGAACCAAAAAUCCAGCAUCCCUAGCAUUGCUUCAUGCAGUUUAUACAAUCAAGCAGACAACACAGCCACUCUUGAAGAACUCAUGCGUCACCUCAAGUCCUACUACAGCAUUGCGAGUAAGCGUCUGGCUGAUCAGCUGCCGCUGAUGACCAGGUACCUGCUGCUGCAGGAGUCAGCGGUGCAGCUGCAGAGAGAAAUGCUACAGCUCAUGCAGGACAAAAACAACAUGGAUCAGCUGCUGAAAGAAGAUCAUGACAUUGGCAACAAACGCAGUAACCUGCAAAGCCGCCAGAAGCGUCUAAUGGAGGCCCGCAACUACCUGGUCAAGUUUUAGUCACAUAUAGUGUCUGAUUCAGAAAUGUUGUUAUUGUUGAUCACUUUAAGGCAAGUAAUGUCAUGGAAACUCUUAAACCCUCCAAGCAGAAAUGAUUCAAAGUCCAAGAGGUUGCAGAAAAGUUUAGACAUUUAUUAAAUCAACUAAUAAAAGCCAUGUUUGGUCUGCAGAGUGAACCAACUCAAAAUCACAAAGUUCUCAUUUUAUACAGCUUCCAAAAAAAACCCCAAAGAACAGUGUAUACAAAUAAUCUCAUUGGUUAACAUGUCACAUCAUACCACUUCAACAUUUUCUAUUGGGCAGUACAUCUCACGCUUCUUGUAUUUUGUAUCAACCGAGCCAAAUUUUCCAGCAUGAAUGGUCAAUUCAGAAAGAAUCAAAACAUAUGAUAAGAAGUGGUACAUCAUGAACAACACAGUAUUCAUAGCAUACAAUACAUGAUACAAAAUGACUGGAGCCAAAUCAGGUUAAAAAUGCAUACAGGUUGCAGGUGCAAACAAACAACACUCAUGGCCUUGGCCAGUCUACCACACCAUAGGAUUAAAAAAAGAAAAUGCACAUUGCAGCUUGUAACAAUACCCAGUUCAGAAUAACUUGAUAAAAUGUAUUACAUCAGCAUGCAAAACACUCCAGAAUGAACAACUGCUUAAUUCAACAUGGUCUUGGCUAACUUAUUAUAACAUAUAACACUGCAGGUGCUGGAGUUAGAAUAAAACACUUUUUGUAUAGGCCUGUGAUUUAGCAGAAAACAACCUUUUAGUAUAAACAAUCUCAA